GGGUGCGGAGCGCCCUCCUCCCGGCGGCGCCCGGCGGGGGAUGUUCCGGCCGCCGGGGGCGCGCCGCCCGUGGGAAGCGCGCUCCUAACGCCACCUGGGCGUCGCAGGGAGCGCUCGGCUCAGAGUGGGCUGUGUGGGGUCUCCGGGAACCGGGCAGGUCUUUAUGGUUAUGGCAAUAUCUUUCAUCAGCCGAUGGUAUAAUGGACUACCAGUUGGAUGACAUACAGUCGUCUGAAACAUGAUAUGUACUUCUCCUCUUCCAUAUCCGUGCCUACAUGCUGACACAGUACCAGUUUUGUUUCCAAAAGAGGAGUUCACAGAAUUACAGUGUCUGGUCCAACUAGCUGCUCUGAUGAUCCUCACUGGACCAUUACUUGCAGGUGCUGGCAACAGGUGAUACCCCAUCAUUCCUGUAGGGUAACUCCAGUAGCAGCUGCAGUGGUGAAAAUUUCAGCUUAGGCACAAAACCCAGCAGAGAAAUUGAAUGAGUUCUGGAGCAGAAAGUAAACAUUGAGCUUCUUGUUACUACAGCCACCAAAAUAAGAGCUAGCCAGACAAAUGAAAUUGAAAAGAUUGUGUCAGGUUUCAGACUAUGUCAGAGUGCCACAAUGAUCAUGCAUAAUAACAGUUCAUCCUCGCUGCUUUUACCAAAUGUGAGCUCCUUCUGGAAGAGAGAUUCGCAUGGACCGGGACUCCUUGAUGAAGCAGCAUCACUCAUUGGCAGCUAUGAUUUCCCUCAGACCACAGAGAGUUUUCCUUUCUCCACUGUGGAAUCAACAAACAUGACCCUAAAUGCCACAAGCAAAGACCCUCUGGGUGGACACACUAUCUGGCAAGUAGUUUUGAUUGCUUUCCUCACUGGGAUCCUUGCACUGGUGACCAUCAUAGGAAACAUCUUAGUGAUUGUUGCAUUUAAGGUUAACAAACAACUGAAAACAGUCAACAACUACUUCUUGUUGAGCCUUGCUUGUGCAGAUUUGAUUAUCGGUGUUCUUUCCAUGAAUCUUUAUACCACAUACAUCAUCAUGGACCACUGGGCUUUGGGAAGCUUGGCCUGUGAUCUUUGGCUCUCCAUUGACUAUGUUGCCAGUAAUGCCUCUGUCAUGAACCUCCUUGUGAUAAGUUUUGACAGGUAUUUUUCCAUCACCAGGCCACUGACAUACAGAGCCAAACGAACAACCAAAAGGGCUGGGAUAAUGAUUGGUUUAGCAUGGAUUGUCUCUUUUGUUCUUUGGGCCCCUGCCAUCUUGUUUUGGCAGUAUUUUGUUGGGGAGAGGACUGUGCCUCCUGAUGAAUGUUUCAUCCAGUUUCUAUCUGAACCUAUCAUCACUUUUGGCACUGCCAUAGCUGCCUUUUAUUUGCCGGUCACCAUUAUGAGUAUUUUGUAUUGGAGGAUCUACAAGGAGACGGAGAAACGCACCAAAGAGCUGGCAGGGCUACAGGCUUCGGGCAGCGAAGCAGAGGCAGCGCGCUUUGUGCACCAGACAGGCAGCUCCCGGAGCUGCAGCAGUUAUGAGCUGCAGCGGCAGAACAUGAAACGCUCCACCCGAAAGAAAUACAGACGCUGCCACUUCUGGCUCACAAUGAAGAGCUGGGAACCCAGCACAGAUCAGGGGGACCAAGAGCAUAGCAGCAGUGACAGCUGGAACAACAAUGAUGCUGCUGCCUCCCUUGAAAAUUCAGCCUCCUCUGAUGAAGAAGACAUUGCUGCAGAGACCAGAGCCAUCUAUUCAAUCGUGUUGAAGCUUCCUGGUCACAGUGCUAUCCUCAAUUCCACAAAACUACCCUCCUCAGAAGAUUUGCAUGAGUCAGGGGAUGAACUGCAGAAAUCCGACACAGAAUCGAAGGAAAAGAAACCUAAAAAACUGCACCCUCCCAAAGGUGUCCAGGAUGGUGGAAAUUUCCAAAAGAGCUUUACUAAGCUUCCAAUUGAACCAGAAUCAGAAGAGACAACCACAGCUUCUGAUGGCAUCUCAUCAGUCACCAAGACAUCAACAGCCCUGCCCUUGUCCUUUAAGGAAGCAACCCUGGCAAAAAAGUUUGCCUUGAAGACCAGAAGUCAGAUCACAAAACGGAAACGAAUGUCACUUAUCAAAGAAAAGAAAGCAGCACAGACACUCAGUGCUAUUUUGUUUGCCUUCAUCAUUACCUGGACCCCAUACAACAUCAUGGUUCUGGUGAACACCUUUUGCAGCUGCAUCCCCAAAACUUUCUGGCACCUGGGGUAUUGGCUUUGCUACAUUAAUAGCACAGUGAACCCCAUGUGCUAUGCACUGUGUAACAAAACAUUCAGAAACACUUUCAAGAUGCUGCUGCUGUGCCAGUGUGACAAGCGAAAGCGACGCAAACAGCAGUAUCAGCAAAGGCAGUCCGUCAUUUUUCAUAAGCGGAUCCCUAGGGAGGCUUCGUAGAAUAGUAUUUUUUAAACAAAUGAAAAAAUAACAAAGCAGGGAUGUGAUAGGAUGGGAUAGGACAGAACAGGAUGACAUGGGACAGGGCAGGAUGGGCAAGAUAGUGAGGGAUGAGACAGGAUGGGUUGGGGAGGGAAGGUGGUUCCAGGGUGCUGAUUCUAUGAUUUAAACACCAAGACAUGAAAGCAGCUGCCAGGCUUAUUUAUCCUUUCAAUAAAUCCAGUUUAAUGUAAAAGUCAAUCCACAUUCAGCAAAAACUAAGAAACUUCAACAUUUUUAUUAAGGAGUGAAAGAUUUAAUAAAGUUUUCCUACGAAUUUGUGAGAAGCUGUAUAGCAAUUAUAAACCCAUUACUGAUCUGCCCAGCUCUUUGAUUAUAAUCAACUCUGGGAUCUCAGGUAAGCACAUCUAGCUAGCCCAACUCUUCUUUUUCCAAGGAAUCCAACAACUUUCAAUUCAAGUUAUAUACAGAUGUAUCAAAGCUAGUGAAACGGGAUUAUUAAAUUAUUUGACACACUGUAUAGGUUGAAAAAUUACCUCUUGUUGUCCUGGUAGAGCUUCCUGUCUACCUCUCUUCUGAUAUAUUGUUAAUUGUACCCGUGAUUCCUGAUUUCUGAGUAUCUAUGUGUGCAUCUGAUGUUAUAUGUGUGUGUGUGAGUGUGUAUGCAUGCAUAGCAUACAUUCACACCUCUGACAUACACACAUACCAGGAAAGAGGUGACCUAUUGUUCUAGGUUUUACAGGGCCCUCCAUCAUGAUUACAUGUGAUUGAAACUUUUUAAAUGUCCGAAAAUCAUGUUAUAAGUAUAUAGCUCAUUAUUUGCCACCUGAAAUUCAAGUUUAUCUCUGGAACCAAAACACGGUGUCCACAUUUCAAACUAAGAAAACCAAAACAUAGCCUGUAAGUUUACAGAGUUUUAUAAUUGGGUACUUGCACAGUAAAACCUUAAUCUUGAGCACAGAAUCUCUUCUCAAAGUGAUCAUGCCUCUUUAAAAGAUACAAAGGGGAAAGGAAGUGAAGGCCACAUUCAGGGAAGAGUGUGAAGAUGUCUUGGCAGGGCAUAGGAUGAUGAGAACCCAGAUCUGGGCUGCUGUACCAGUGUUCAGGAGCCAGGAAGGUGCAACCAUCAGCAGCAGUCCCAUGUCCUGCUGGGGGGGCUGUGCUGCUGUCGAAGCACGCAUGGCUCCUGCAACACCUUGUCCUGAGCUGCACCGUGGGGAUGCACCACCUUCCUCAGAGCCAGUUCAGAUCCUGUGUGCAGUAUCACUACGGCUUCCGAUGAAAGUUCAAGUUGGAAUUUUCUGACAAAAGUUGGUGGAGCCCCGCUGCUUGCACUGUCUGCCCAGGUGAUCUUCAGAUGCAAAUGAUUUGUUUCAAAGAAAUGCUUUAUUUUUGCAUGGGAAGGAUGCUCACUAAAACGUGUUUCUUUUCCACAACCUGUUUUAAAAAUCAUCAGGAGAUGUGCACCUAAAUCCGUUUGACACCAGGUUAUUCAGUGGUGUGAAAAAUGUGAUAUUGCCAAUUUGUAACAUGGCAAUUUUUGAUAAAGACAAUUUUAAAAGGGCUUUAAUAUUUAUAGUUUAGAGAUGACCAGUAUUUCCUGGUAUUUGUGAGGUGGUCUGCACCAAACAUGAUUUGUAAAAGUCAGAGGUCCCCUGGGGAAAGGAUUGUACUUUAAACUGUUGCUCUAAAUUUGAUUUAGUUACAUGUUGAAAGAUUAUUUUGUAUUCUCCUUUGAGCUGACCAAAACUUUUUUUUUUAUUGCUUAGACUCUUAUUUUGCU